AUGGUCCUGGAUGAUGUUUGGGCUGCGCGCGUGUGGUCGGAGAUAAGGAAUGUCUUCCCAACGUCUAACUGUACCAGCCGAUUUGUUAUCACAUCAAGAAAGCAUGAAGUGUCACUGUUGGCAACUAGGGACUGUGCAAUUCACUUGGAACCGCUACAAGAACAUCACUCCUGGCUGUUAUUUUGCAAUGGAGCCUUUUGGAAUACUGAUGACAAAGAGUGCCCGGUGGAGCUGCAGGAAUUGGCUCGCAAGUUCAUAGCAAAGUGUCAAGGUUUGCCUAUUGCUAUUGCUUGCAUUGGUCGCCUACUCUCCUGGAAACCCCCAACUCCUGCUGAAUGGGAGGAUGUGUACAGGGGUUUGGAUACACAAUUGGCGAAAAAUAUGAUCCCCGAUGCUCAUAUGAUCCUAAAGGUCAGCUUGGAGGACCUUCCGUAUGAUUUGAAAAAUUGUUUCCUACACUGUGCAUUGUCUCCAGAAGAUUAUGUGUUAAAGAGGAGGAAGACAAUGAGGCUCUGGAUUGCUGCAGGGUUUAUCAGGGAAAAAGAUGAGAGCAAAACAUUGGAGGAAGUGGCAGAGGGAUACUUGGCUGAGCUUGUGAACCGAAGCCUUUUACAGGUAGUGGAAAGGAAUUAUGCCGGACGACUGAAAUACUGCAGGAUGCAUGAUGUCAUACGCCUUCUUGCCCUCAACAAAGCGAAGGAGGAAUGCUUCGGCAAAGUUUAUAAUGGCUCUGCUACUGGAGCAUUCUCUGUAGAUGGUGCACGUCGCAUAUCGGUCCAUGGGGGAAAUCUUGAACAACUGAGCCGAUCAGGCACAACACAUCUCCGUGAACUCCAUGUAUUUGAGAGGUAUAUCGAGGUCGGUUUGCUGAAGCCUAUCCUAACAUCUUCGAAACUGUUGACGAUGUUAGAUCUUCAAGGUACCUGUAUCAAAAUGCUGCCCAAUGAAGUAUUCAAUUUGUUUAAUCUGCGCUAUUUGGGUCUUAGAGAUACUAAGAUGGAAAGCCUGCCUGAGGCAGUAGAGAGGUUGCAAAGCCUGGAAGUCUUGGAUGCUUCCAAAUCUAAGUUGACGUAUUUGCCAAGCAGUGUUGUAAAACUUAAUAAGUUGAGAUACCUGUAUGCGUGGUCUGUUGUUGCAUCUGAGGAAUUUGAAAUUGGAAAUCUAGGUGGAGUCAAGGUGCCUAAUGGCAUACAACAGUUGGUAGGACUGCGGGCUCUUCAGUCUGUCAAAGCCACUCCAGAGUUUCUGCGUGAAGUUGCAGCUCUGAUAGAGCUAAAAACAUUUGGUGUCUGCAACGUGAGGAGUGAACAAUCUGCUGACUUGAGCAAUGCUAUCACCAAAAUGGGCCAUCUUGUUCAUCUCGAAAUUAACACUAGAGCUGAGGAUGAGGUGCUGCGGCUGGAAGAGCUAUAUUUACCUCCAACCCUUUCUUGGCUUACUUUAGCAGGGCAGCUAGAAAAAACAUUGAUGCCUCAGUUUUUCUCUUCUUGGUCACACCUUAAUAGCCUCACUCGGUUGCACCUGGCAUUCUCCAAUAUUGAUGAGGGAACCUUUUCCUGUCUGUUCGUGUUACAUGGUCUACGCUCUUUUGGUCUAGCGAAGGCUUUUGAAGGGAAGAGGUUGGAUUUUACCGCAGGGUCAUUUCCAAAACUUCGGUUUCUAGGCAUAGGGGGCGCAACACAGCUCAACCAAGUUGGAAUAGAGGAGGGCGCGAUGCAAGACCUUGUCGAGCUAUUGUUCAUAGACUGCCCUGAGCUAAAGUUUCUUCCUGACGGCAUCAAACACCUUGCAGCCCUUGAGAAAUUGGCCUUGAGAGACACGUCAGAAGAGCUGAUAGAGAAACUCCGGCAUAAUAGUGAUUCAGAUGAAUGUAGCGAAGAUUUAAUGAAGAUUAGCCACAUAAGGAAUAUUACAGUUGAACUGACACAGAAAGGACUUGUAGAAAGGAUCAAGUGA